AGAUCGUAAUGGGAGAUUUUCAACGGAGAGUUCAUCCGGUGCUUCAGAUGGAAGCCAACACUAAAAAAACAUCACCAGAUCUCGUAAAGACAGAACAUCUUCCAUCACAACAGCCUCCUGCUACGGUCGGCAACAAGAAAACAUCACCAGCUGGCGAAAAGACACAACAGCUUCCAAUACAACGACCACUUUCACCCCCUCCUUUGAUGUUUCGUAAUAAGAAGCGAAAUCUUUGCUGCAGAUUCUUCUGUUUGGGUUUAAGCCUUCUAACCUUUGCCUUAAUCGCAUUAGCGGUUGCAAUUACGGUGAUAUAUUUUGUUUUCCAUCCUAAAAUCCCACAGUACCAGGUCAACCGUUUACAAGUUAGCAACCUUGGUAUCAACUUUGACCUCUCUCUUUCCGCCUUGUUCAGAGUCAAGAUCACAGCUCGUAAUCCCAACGAAAAAAUUGGGAUUUAUUACGAGAAAGGAGGCCGUGUCCAAGUCUGGUAUACCGAGACAAUGCUCUGUGAAGGUCAUAUACCCAAGUUUUACCAGGGAUAUAGAAACGUAACUAGACUGCAUGUGGAUCUAACGGGAAGAGUACAGUUCGGGAACGCUGUUAUGUCGGCAUUGUUGCAGCAGCAAAUGACAGGACGUGUCCCAUUAGAUCUCAAAGUGGAUGCACCUGUUUCCCUCAAACUGGGGAAACUGAAGCUGAAGAAGAUUCGAGUAUUUGGGAGCUGCAAGCUUGUUGUUGAUAGUUUAUCAACAAAUAAAGGAGUUAAUAUCAAAGCCAGUGAUUGCAAGUUUAGGCUUAAAUUUUAGGGUGUUGUUCCUUUCUUGGGUGUAUCCAUCAUUUUC